GUUCAGUAGCAGUUGAUGUCGAGUUCUCUAAUAUGAAAAGCCAGAAGAUCUUCUAUCUCUGAAAGCAUGGCGCAUUACAUGGCGAACAGGAUUGGAACACUAGAAUUUUAGAACAACGGGAAUCAAGAAUAUCAAUAUUGUUGGUUCUUCGAACAAAAAGGUCUGCCGUGGUGAAAAAGGACUAAAGUCGAAGUAGAAGGCUCUUCUUGUUCAGGCUUCAUCUUCGACAUCAGACGGAAGAUGAUGCGUGGCCGCGCCAACAAGUGCGAGGUCGCUGUUCUUGCGCCCAACAAGAUUCCCCUGCUGCCCUUUCUCACCGCGUUGUUGGUUUCCUUGUACGACACCAGUCACUUCGCCUUGGCGAAGCUGGGGGAGCAGAAAAACGCCAAAGGGCAAUCCUCGUCUGGAGCUUCCACACACUCCUCGACCGGCCAGAUGAACGCAGUCGACCCCCCCCCCCCGCCAAACAGGGUAUAUUUAGAUAUACUUAUUUUCUGUGUUCAUCGAUUUCGUCGAAAAAACAGCGCUGCGAAUUUGUUUUGCAUGAAUUGAAAGAAAGAAAAUUAUAUAGGUAGUGCAUGAAAAGUAACAUCACUCCUCACCUGGAACUCGAAGCACAGUCAACCAGAGCAACAUCACAAGCCCUCGCGUAACUCUGGUGUCUAUUGCAUGAUCUGCACCAUUUAUUUUUGCAAACGUGCCGUACAAUAAAUCAAUACAAGUGCGACACUUCUAAACAUCACAGCCGUCGCCGUGAACGAGAAGGCAGGUUUCAGCGCUGCGAGCGGAGUAUGAAUUUGCACAGCGUGUCGCUCCCCUCUCCUUUAUUUAAAGUUCGCUGUCUACGGCGAGUGAGACAAGCACCAUCAACACCUGGAACAUGGACUUCGAUUGUGUCUGGGUUUCUGGAAGUUGUCACACACGAAUCAUCACGACCAAUCUCAAGGAGUAGUUGGUUUGAUGGUAUUCUAGUACAUCAUCUGCAUGAGAAAUUUAAAUGACGGGGAGGGGGGCGACGAGUUGUGCACUCUGAUACGGAGCUGGAGUGGCCCCGAUGAAGGGGCUGUCGCAAAAGGAUGCUGCUGCGGGAGCCAAGUCGACCAUGCUGCAGGUCGGAAAGCCGAGCAAGCAGUUGGAGGAUGUUAUCGCAAGCAUGGAGAUGUUGGUGGACAAUCAAAUGGCCAUGCAGAGUUUGCAGGUGCUUUUUUUUUUUGAUUUAUCGAAGGAACUUUACAACUCUUCGUUUUUAGUUGUGAUUUUUAUUUUCGCUCAUCGUUUUCUUUCCUGCAAACGGUGAAAUAUAUAUUUCAUCGUUUAAAUAACAGUAUCAUUUAAUAAUCAUGCAAGUGCGAAGAUCUACAACUCCGCCACUGCAUUUGUGCACAACAAGAAAAAAAACAAAAAACUCACUUCAGUCCCAACAAAGCCUCCUGCGGACGAAGCUGAGAAAGGACACGUGUGGUCUCUCCGAUUACGCCAUCGACUUGGGAAUCCAGUCCUUCCAGCAGACCGGGAAGUGGUCGGUUUUGAAAAACGCGUGCCAGUCCGGGUUGCUGUGUGCGUUUGAAAAGAAGGACCGGAAUCACGACGGCGUGCUGAGCGACGAGGAGAUGCCCGGCGUGUUGGCAGCUGAUACGGACCACACCGGGGAUACCAGUCUGGCGGAAAUCCACAACCACUGCAACUCCGUGCCGCAGCUAGCUGCAAAGGGACACGCCGCGACAGCCGAAACGCUGCUUGAGUUUGGCGAAAAACCCCCAGUUGUUGCUGAGUGCAUGGCCGGGGCGGGGCUGUUGGCUUACUGCUGCUGUGACCGGGUCGUGCGCUCGGACGAGGAGGUGGUGGUGGACACCACCUCCACCACCACCACCACCUCGAUCCAUAUAACACGCCCAACGAUUAAAUCCUAAAGUAGUUUAUAAAAUGCUACCUAGCUAUUGAAAAGGUGAUGCAAAGACCCACUUUGUAACUAUUGAAAUAGAUACUUAAAUAGCUACUAGCAGGAACGACCGCUCCGGAUGUGGACACAUCCGGAGCGGUCGUUCCUGCUAGCUAUUUAAACAUCUAGCUAAUCAUGUUUUAGAUGCGUAUACGCAUGGUAAACUUAAAACCUAGAUAGCAUUUUUUAAACUGCUUUGCGACUUAAUCGUUGGGCGUUGUAUUAUAGCGGACUACGACCUAUGAAUGGACAAAGUACGAAAGUUCAGUAUUAACUAUUGCAUUUUCUGAGCCGUAUUUUUCAUUUUUUAAAAUGGAAAAACCGACUUCGAUUGUCAUGAAAACUUCUUUUGUUCAUGGAGAAAACAAUUUUUUGUCAUGCAAAAACCGAUUUCGUGGGAGCACAGGUUCUAUCUGAACCACCGACGUUACCGAUGCACGGAACCAACAUUCUUUUCACCGACGCCAGCACUUCGUCUCACCGAAAACCAAAACAUCAUCAUUUCCGGAAACUCAACUUCAACCGAGCAAAACAACUUCACUUCCGGAAAAUGCGAGCUCCUCUACACCGAGCUAAAAUUUCGAAUAGUUGUGGUUUAUUACAAAACCACAACUAUUCGAACUAUGGCGCUUCAGCUAUGGCGGGUUUGUGGAAAUGCGUUUCAGUUAUAGCAGGCUGGAAGUGAAAAGCGAAAGGCGAAGCACACGAAUGGCAGAGAACUAGAAGGGGAAAGCAGGUCACGUUUUUGUUGUUUCAUUGAGCAUGACCAUUAUGAUAGCGGAGCGCUUGAGUCGUCCGCAUUUUCAGAGUUGCAAUGCUUUUGGCUUUUGGUUUUGAGUUUGAGACUUUACAUAUGCGCCUCCGAUGUCUUUCGCGUAUAGAGAGAAUGUCAAUGCUAACGAGAAAAAAGCAACAAUAUCAGGAGCGACCCAACCAAGGGGAUAGCCACAGCAGGAGCGGCCACGACGCUGCUAUGUCGAGCAUGAGUUUCGGGGAGGAGAAAUAGAAAGUAGAAGAGAAAGCAGGAGUAGAAGUAGAAAAUAUAAAUAGAAUGAGAAGCAGAAACUAAAAGCAAAACGCACAGGAGAAAAGUAAGUAGAUGCGCAGAGUCUGGGGCGCGAAACAGAAAAGAUCUCACGCAGAAGAAAGCUUGUGCGUUCGACUCUCCUGCUCCUGUUUUCGUCGCGUUAGUUUGCGCAAGAUAGAUGGCGACGGUUUCGUUUUUCGCGCAAGAUAGAUGAUAACGGUUUUGAUGAUUUUGCUCCUGGAUCCAAACGCGAAGUGGUCUCGAUCAAAGCUCCAAGAUCUGUCGCGAUGGAUUGAUCAAAGCACGAAGAGGAUCAUCUGGCUGGAAGUUGUCGCUUUGCUUUUGGUUUUCCUUUUCGAUUCAUUUGCUUUUGAUGCUUCUCUUCCCCUUCGCAUCAGUUGGAAAAAAAAACUUUUUCUAGGGAGAAGUUUAUAAAAUGGAAAAAGAUUUUGAAGAGAAGGGGAAGAAUUAUAAAAAGGCGCGGAGCUCUAACUUUUCGUCGGCGCAGCCUUCGCUGCCGGCCGACCUGCUCCUCAAGGCGUUGGAGCACGCGAUAGAGGGCGAGAGGCUACGUCCGCGGGUAAAUCCGCUGAGAUCCGCGGAGCAUGUGCAACGUUUGACUGAGGGCAUGCACCGGAUGCCGCCACCGGACAAGAAGCGCAAAAGUAACAAAGAAGCUUUUGCCGCGCAAGAGUGCAAGCACUUGGUCGCCGGGACUACUUGCUACAAACGCGACGAAUUGGAGUGCCCCAUCCUCGAUAUGGUGCGGUCUUGCAGCACAUUCGAACAGGUGCGCGACUUGCUCAAGGAGGGCGCGACAGUUUUUGCCGAACUUGCGCGCGACGAGGCGGAGUUUCUGCGACCCCAGUACAUGCCGACCCCCGUGCCCGCGGUGGAACAAAUUCGGAAGAAGUGGAGCCAGUACAUAUAUUGUCACUUAAACGCGCAAGACUAAGACGAAGACCAAGACCAAGACGACGCGCUCUUCUGUCUACCAUUCGAAGCAGUGCAGACUUUGUUCAUGAUGAGCAAGCUCAUGCUCAUCAUGCAAGACAUACAGUCUCGAUAUCUCUUUUCAGUCAACAAGUGCUGCUGUUGUUUUUGAAGCAGAAACAUCAUCACGACAAUGAAAAACUUUGCUCAGGUAUUGCAAGACGGCGCACAAAGAGAAGGGUCUUUUCAAGAAAAGCGACACUUUGAUCGAUGACAUGGAUACCGAGGAGGAGAAGGUGGAGAAAAACGCGCGCGCCGACGUCAUGGCCGACAAGUACCAGCGCACCAAGCGGCUCCAGGAGUUUGCCAUUGAGGAGCUCGAGACUAGGUCGGUUUUAGUUUAGAUUUGGUUGCAAGAUUAAACUUUGACUCGGCGCAUGUGAGAAUGCCCGUGCCUCGAGAUCAAAGUAAACGCAUACACAAUGACGCUCGUAAUCAAUAGCAACAACUAUCAGCAUCAACAUCAAGGAAAAACAAAAACAAUUUUGAUCAGAUACCGGAUUUCCAUCCAUGUCAUGGUCAAAGAAGACGAAGAAAAAACGAGAGACGAGGACUUGGGUUGGCCUUCACCUUCAACGAUAAAAAGUUCAAGCGGCCUGCUUUCGUGGAGGAAGAGUGGAAAGACGCCGUGGAGUGGUCGUAUUUUGCCACUCUCACGGCUGGCGAGCAGGUCGAGUGCGUCGGUUUCGUGAUUGGCCGUUCUCCCGUCACUGCGCGGAAAAAGGUCGAGUUUUUGCAGCAGCUGUUUGACGCAGAGCUUGUGUCUUCCGCCUUGUCGCGGUUGCAGCACACGGACUCGUCGAAGGAUAAGAAGGAAGGUGGGCGCGGUGGCGUGCUGCAGAACAACAAAGGAAUUGCUCAAGUGGUUUCUGAGCAACAGGACGCGGAGAAAAAGCGCAAAGCAGACGACGCCGCCUUCACGAAGUACGCGCUGCGCAAGGAAGACGCUUAUGGCCGCGCGCUCGAAAUGGGCAUGAGAAACGAGCUCGACGAUAUAUGUGGCGCAAAUUAUUUUGGUUUUUUAAGUCUAGCAAUAGGGCUUCGAACUGGAACUACUACUGCAACUGCAACUGACUGCAGCUGCAACUGAUACGGAGCUGAGCGAUAGGCGAUGAUGAAAAAAAUUGCAACAGGUGAUGAUGAAAAUUGAAAAAAAAUGACUGCCAUCCACAUGCGCGGGAAAAUGGGAAAUUUGAAAACUUUGACGCUCUUUCACGCAGGUAACGCGGCGCGCUGGGACAUGAUUGCCAAGGGCAAGGACUUCAACAUCAAGGACGGCGGCAAGGGCGUGCUCCUAUUUCACGCGGACCAGGCGAAGCGUAGGGAGCAGCUGAGUUUGUCUAUUACUCCUCCGACCCCGCGCAAGGUGGCUUUUUUUCGACUCGGACCUGACGGCACGACUUUUGACGCCGAUGGCUUCUUUCAGCUCGAGUUUGUCAUUGCUACGGCGGAGUUUGGAGCGAUCGGGACUCCCGGCAAGGUCCGGCUGCGGCAGUACACGCCGAAAGGGGUACGAGGCGGAUCUGAUGCAGACAACGUGCUUUCCGUCAUCUACGCCAUCAUCGGUAACCUCGCGCCGCUUCCGGGCGCAGCGACGCAGUAUCAUCCCGGUGACCCGUUGUGUUUUUGGCUUUGCCAUUCCGACGCCGGGAGCAACAUCCUGAAGGCCUACCGACGGCUGCGCCUCUACUCCCAUGCGUGUAACUUGGAGAGGAUGAAACGGGCCAAGGAUAAUCCCGGCGGACGCCGCCUUCUGCAGACGUUUACUUUGCACUACGUGUGCCAGGCCCAUCAACCGCACAUCUUGGCGAAGGACAUCAUGGACAUCGCGGACUUCCAGAAAAACGGACUCAAAGAAGGUAGCUAUAUGAAAAUAAAUUGCGACGAAGAUGAUAGUGAUACGCUGGCGCCUUUGUUUUUUUGCUCAUUACUGAGCACGAGAAUAAGGAUGCUCGUGUAUAAUUUCGACGCUCAAGCCAAGCUGCGUCUAUUGUUGCACUCCUUUUUCUAUUUCAUAAAAAAGCUUCGCUCUCAGGUGUUUCCAAGAUCCAACAGGCGGCCAAGCUGUGGCUUGAUGACAUCAGGAUUCCCCAGCACAUGGAGCGCCGCUGGAUGACUGCGCGCCCGACUCUCGCCGCGUUGAAGGAGAAUAUAUAAGCUUGCAAUCCAGAACGGUACUGCGGGCAUGUCGGAAAAAGAUCGAAAGAAAGAAACUAAGGCCAUCUUCGCAAAGGCAAAGACUGCGGCCGAAGACGAAGACUUUUGGAAGCAGGUCGCCAGCGCUGAGGCCGUUUUGGAAAAGCUGCAGCAUUCGCAUGCGCGGACCAUCCGCGACCCGAAGAUCUGCUUCUCCGACGCGAAGUUUGAGCAGAUGGCCCCAAACCGGUGCUCGCCGUCCUCCAUGGACACCAUCAAGCGGCUGCUUCGCCAGCUCCUCCUGAGAGCGCCUUCUGAUAUUAUCCUCUGCAAAAGCAUCGCGCUCGUAGUACUCCUACUCGUAACCAUGCGCCACAAGUUUCAACUUCAAUCCCAGGCUCAACUUCAACUAAAUCCGCACUACAAAUUCGAUUUCUCGCGCUGAGAAAAUUUGUCAUGCUAUUUAUACGAGAACUAGAAGUAGAACUAGAACCAGCGCGAUACUUUUGCACAGGAUAGCCCUCGUUUUUCUGCAAAACGGUUUAUCGGGAAGCGCAGCUGUACAUCUUCCCGCACAUCUUGAGCUAGCUCUUCUGCGACGAUACGAAGAAACGGCGCGCCGAGCUGCUGCACGAUUUGGAGCGCGACGCCCUUGAUCCGUUUUUGAUUUAUUUCAUUGAACAACUGAAAAAGGAUUUGACGAAGAUGCAGGAAAAGGGAACGAUGACGGAUAAGCUGUUCAGCCUGGCCGGACCCAUCUUCGUCCUGAGCAGUCCCUGCAUGCAGUGCGUCGAAUCGCUUCACAGUACAGCGAUGGAGGUCGAACGACUGUGCCCAAACAUGCGGCAGGAAAGGGCUGCUAUCCGCACCUCCAUCGCGCGGAGUGAGCCCGUCACGUUUUUGGAGUGCCGGAAUCUCCUCGAGCAUUGGAAGCGUCGUUUCGAUCCCCGGCAUUCGAAGGCGAUGGCGCAGAACUCGUGCGAUGUCAGGGCUGUGAUGAACCACCCCUCCGAUUCUCUCCAGCACCGCCCGCACCUGAUCGCCGCGAAGGCGGAGCUUCGGAAACGAAAGACCAGUGCGCGCAAUGACUUGAACGUGGCCGAGUGCUGUCCUCUGAUUCCGCAGAAGGUAUUUUUUUUCGUGUCGCUUCCAAUACCUCUGCGCAACUCCGUGAAACUAGUGCGCUUGCAUUCUGUAGCUGUGUGCUCUUCAGUAUUCGCUUGGUACUGUAGCUGCGCGCACUGAUAAACGAAUUACAGCGAAGCUCUACACUCAGGCUGCCCUUACCAUUCCGGACGCCAUCCGCAUGCACAUUCCGAGCGCGCCGCUUUUCCGCCAGUGGUGCGGCGGAGUUGGGACCAAAUUGCUCGAAAAGUUCUUUGCGAAGCUUGGCCACAUCCAAGUCAAAAAGGUCGCCCAUCGCAUGGAUGGGCCACCUUAUUUCUGCUUCUCUCGCACGGGUAAUCGAGGCCACACGCAGCGCGCGACGUGCGUCCCGAUGAAAAAAGGGGACAUUGCGGGGUGCUGUACGAAGCCGCAGCCAAAAGCGACCAAAUACCUCGCCAACGAUUCUGAUUACCCGGCCAGCUUCUGGCUGAACCUGUUGAAGACUAGGAAGAAGAAUUCCUCUGCAAGAGAUUCCGAAGGACUUGAUGGACAAAGCGGACAAGUGCGACUGCUUCCUCGUGAGCGAGGAGGUGAGCUCGGUGAUGACCGUGCCCCACUGGGCUUCGCGAUCCGCGGAGGACAACAAGAAGCCCAGCGCCGGCUCUUUCCUCAGCGCCUCCAUCGCAAAAGUCGCCCGCGCGCACUUUAUUUGCGGCAGGAUCUGGCUCUUCGUCGACAAGGGUUUUUGGUUGGAGCAGAGAGCGCAGCGGUCUGGAGUGUUCUUCGACUCGUCCAAGGAGUGGGACCCGGAGGCCGAAAAGAAGAAGCACGCGGUUGUGGAUCCGUACGAGGGAGAGUCUCGCGAAGAGUCGUGGCACCGGACGACCCAAGUUCACGCUGCUGCACUGUUUUUACAUACUUUUUGACUUUUCGGCCAUGACUUCACUUCGACUUUAGUGCGUUUGAUUGAUGAUGAAGAUUAUGACCAAGAUAUGAAGAGAUCUUGACUGACACCUCCAGCCCGAUUCCAAUUUCGCAAAAAUAGUCCGAAGGUGCCGGAGAAGCAGUUGAUUCCGGAGCUCGAGCCCGACGCGGUGUGCUUCAUAUUUCGCCCCGAGCAGGCGACCUGGAGAGGAGUUGCCCACGAGCUGGCCGGUGAUGUUGGUGAUGAAGACUCUGAACCUACGGGAGUGGGCUGCACCACCGCGGGCCGCAUGACCGACAAGAUUAGUGCUUCCGCUGCCCGCAAGCGCUGCGUCGCGAAGGUGUGCGAUAUCCUGAAGAUUCCGCGGCCGAGCAACAACUUGGUCAGUGACGACUUGGAGGAUGCUGCCCGCCGGGAGAUCGCGCACGACAUCGCCUCCACCAAGUCGAAGAAGAUUGAGAAGCUGGCUGAGGAUUCCGACGACAGCGAUCAAUCUGUAUUGGGCGACAUGCCGAUCCGUGGCUGAGACUACCAUCUGGGCCUGCCGCCUGCGAGUUGUUGUUUACAAAUUCGCAGACGCAGUAUGCACGUAGAUGUCACGAGCCGAGCACGUUCGUCUAUGAAAGACUUAUAUGCUUUUUUUUGAAAAAGCGCAAAAUUGUUUCGAAUUGAAAUUGAAUCUGAACUAUAGUUCAAUUAUGAAAGCUUGUGCUUUUUAUUAUAAAAAACGAAACUCUUCACGAUCGGAAGCAUCAAACAUCAUGCGAAACUUCGCAGCAAAUACCAACGACGCACAGACUCAGAACGUGCAGGAAAUGAUGCUGAGCCACUUGAUUCGUUGUCGGUAAGUGAUGUAGAUGUGGCGCGAUAGCUUGCCAGAAUGGAGCUCGCGUUUUCGGUCCAUGAUCUUUUCGCAACAUAAGCGCCCAGACUCCAUAUGUAAGCUGCCUCCUUUGCCUGAGUUUGAAUGCAAAUUAUACCCGCUCUCCGAUAGGAAAAAGGGCGCAAAUUGAGUUCGAGACGAUGCGCAAAGUGCUUUUGAUUCCCCGACCCAGCAGCCUGCCCACCUUGUAGCUGAGUCUUAUUAAGAGGUCCCGAUCACUCCACUCACAGUUGCGAGGAGAGAUAAAUCAGAGAAAUUUUAGCAUGAUCUGAUCUUCCCGAGCAUGAUUUUUCACCACCCCGACACAGAAGCCUCCGCUUCCCAAGCGAUGAAAUGUCCGACAUUUAUUGCAAAAGCCCCAUCGUUUAAAAUCGUGGGACUUUAGUAAAUUACUAGAAAUCAUUGAUUUUCAAGAAUAUUUUUGCACUUUUCCAGGAUUUCCGCUCAAGUCUUAAUUUUUUUUGUAAAACAAUCUUGAAAGUCAAGGACUUCUAGUAAUUUACUAAAAUCCGACACUUUUAGGACAGGGCGAAUUUCAUUACUUUAGCGCUCUGGAUCAAAAAAGGUCGUCCUCUCGCACAUCACAUUUUCACAAAGUUUUGCGCUCGUCCCCCAAUGAAGUGAGCUCUUGCAAAUCCCAUCGCGAUGUCUCCAAAUUGUCUGUGUGACGCGUUCAAAGUGUCUGCGUGAUGCAUGCAAAAGCUCUCUCUUUGUGAUAAAAAUAACAUGGAAAAGCUCGCAAAUCCAUCGCAUUCCAAUGAAAGAAAACAGCUUCCGAGCAAGAUUCUGUCGCAUUUGUUAGUCGCGCAUCUCUUUCACAAUGGAAAUCGAACUCCUCGCGUCGGGGCAAAGUCUCCAAAUUACGGAGACCAUGCCGACGGACUUGGAGGCGGAGCAGAUGAAGCGCGCGUGGCGCAAGGGCGAGGCAUUGCGUCGCUGUUUUGCCUGAAUUUGUUCAAUUUCAGAAGUGUCAUCCCGAUGCUUUUGUCGAUGCGCGUCCUCGUUGAGUUUUGUGGUUUAUAUAUGUUUCUCGUGCACCAUAAUUCUCGCAAUCACAUGAAAAAACAUCAGGUGACCAAGGCUGCCAUGGUGGAGUUCAUCAAGCGGCACCGCGACGACAAGUUUGUCCAGGGCACGAAGAUCCCGAAGGAGCUGGCCCCGCAGUCCAAGCAGUCGAAGUGGAAUAUGCUGAGGAACGAGAAGCAUAGACUGUACCUCCUGGACUGCAUGAGCGAGGGCCGGAUCCUACCAGAUGAGGAGGCUGCGGCGCUGCGUCGUUUCCAUCGACAAGCUCUUGGAAGUCAUCGCCUUGAGCCACAGCUUCCAAGCCGGCAAGGAGUUUUUGAAGGAGGACCCGACGGGGUGGGAACAGUUAGGGUCCAGGUACUUAGCCAUAAAGGCGUGGGAGACUUAUGACAAAGGAAGUCGCUCUAUUCGCGGCUCUUGUUUAUCCGAUAAAUAGACCGGAGAUGAGACACACAUAGACCCCACUUGAGCUCGAAGUGUUUCGCAUCAAGUGCACACGUAGCUGCAGCAGCCAGCCGCUCGCAGUUAGUUCCGAAGAAAACUCUCAGUCAGCUCCCUAAAGUUCAUCGCGUUUCGUGCGAUGUUGCUCAUGAAGCACUCCGGUGAUGCGUAUCUUUUACUUUUUGACUUUGUUCAUACAACACUACGGGACGUUCGUGCUUUCGAGUAUCUUACAAGACAGACAGCCAGAGUCAUUGCGUCUGUUUGUGAGACUCGACAACGGGUCGAAUCAAGGCCAGCUCCAAGCUACUUUCUGCGAAAAGUGCGAAUCCGUCUUUGCCGACGUAUAGUAGUUCUUUGCUUCGCAUACACAUUCCAAGUUCGAUCUACAGCUUCGCCGUUUUUUUUGAUUUCAUGAGAAAACCUGCAUCGUAUCACACUCCUAAUUUGCUUGCGGCUAGUCUUUGAAAUGUGAAAUCCCCCUGGAUGUAUCUGCGCAGUGUGUCUACACUGGCGCGCCCAGUGGUUGACAUAAUCGCGCGGAGCGACACCUUCUUCGCAAACAAGUGCGAGCACACACUCCUGCGCGGCGUGUGUGAGGUUAUUAUGCUUGGCGGGGAUGAUUUUUUGUCUUUGCACACGAAGACUCUGCGGACUUCCCGGAUUUUCUUCUCGAAGGACUCGCGCUGAAAGUUGAAAGUCGGGCCAUCUUUUUCGACCCCGUUGCCAUCCAUGUGGUCCAUCAUCUCCUGCAAAAAGUCCUUUGUUUUUUUGCUCGGGUCGAUGGGCACACUCUUGAUUUUGCCCCGGCCCCCUUUUGUGGUCGCCAGUUUUGAAUUCCCGAUGCGGACGGUAUUCAAAGUUAAGUCGCCGCGCUGCAAUAGCCUGACGUCCAUGCCGCGCCGGCCAGUCAGGCACGCCACAAGCCACGCGAGUUUAUAAAAUUUGCCCGCUUCCUUCUUGCGGCCGGUUGAUGCUUCCAAUGCGUCGCCGAACCGCAGACAGUCUCCCAUCGUGAGCGACCCGGAGCGCUCUUCGCUAUCAAAAACAUCCAAACGCUUCGGCGUUUUGCGGGCGCUUGGCUUUGUGAUGGUCUUGCGUUUCUUCUUUCCCAAGACAGCCCUCUGCGCUGCGACUGCCUUCUUGUUCAGCGUCUUUUUGAAGUUCGGCUUCAGGGCGGGCCUCUGUUUCUUGCCUGCGAUUUUUCUCCCCUUCAUCGCUGCGGAGAUAUGUGAUGCGAAGGUCGUAGCUGCCGCUUCUGAGGUAUUCAUGAUUCGAAAAAGUCGCUGCAAUAAUGAAAAUGAGCACAACUAUAUUACAGAUCGAGGGCGAACUGAAAGCGUACAAGAAAAACAACCCGGGAAAAAAAGUCAACGAGCUGGCUUUUUGCGAGGUGCUUACUUUUAUGCUGCGCCAUGGUUUGCGGAGCAGAUCGCGCGAAUUUUUAGAAUAGAGACUGAUGCUCGCGUCUGAUCUUACGGCUCAGGAUUUCUCGCGGAAAUGAGACUCAAACUGAAUACAAAGUCACCAAAUAACACCAGAGCCAGUGCGAGGGAAUCAGUGGCAUGGGCGAGAUCAACAUCAUCAACCAAGCGCGCCGCGAGUUCGGUACGUCCCAGACGAUGUGGCUGCAGACUAUCCGGCGCCUGAGUUCCUCCAAGGAUGGCAGCAAGUCCACUACGCUGCUGAAGUACGCUUUUUCUUUAUUACUAGUCUGCGUUAGUGUUGGCGUGAUCUACUACUACUUCUACAUCUACUUUUCAUUCUACACAGCUUCCUGAUGUCUGUGUGCAGUGACAGUGUGACGCGGAUAGCUAAGACAAAAAUAAGCCGCGACUUAAGUGGUAUGGUGAGAGUCUAUUUCUAGAUGUAGACGGAGCGGCAGCUCCUGCCUGAGUAUGUGCCUGUGAGUGGAAUUGGAGUUUUUGCAUUGCAAUCGCAUCGCUGACGCUGUCGCUGAAGCAAGACGGGGACGUAGAAAGAAGUAUUGAAGAUGACGGCUGCGCGCACGAGCUUGCUGCAACAGCAGCGAGCAAGUGCUUUGCUUUCGUCCUUCUCUCACUCGACAACUCUACUAGUCUUGUGCGUUUCGAUGUGAGGGCAAAAUCAGAACGCCUCGGCCUCGCGCUCGGCUUCGAAUUCGCUUUGCAAUGCGAUUGCGAGUAUCAGUGUCAGUAUCUGUGUAUCUGUAUCAAUAUCUAUUGUGACAUCAGGACCCGCCUGCUCGAGUUGCAACUGCGCCACCUCCGCCCCGCGUUGACCGACAUGAUCUUGGACACCUUCACGCACCUCCUGCUCGGACCGAAGGGACGCGGUGUCCUUGAACAAGAAGCAGAUGAAGGAGAUCAAGCAGAUGACGCGCCUGAAUUGGCUGAAAGACGAGAAAUCGGAUAGCGUGCGCAGCCAGUGCCUCGUCUGGUUGGUGAGCGAAAUGUGCAGAAAUGCCAUGAAGGGGAAGACCAAGCUGGACAAGAACAAAAAGCGGCCGAAGGGAAAGACGUUAAAGAGUGCCGGGCUGCUGUCCGACGACGAGGAGGAGGAUUUCGCGGAGCCGGAGACUCAGGGCGCUGUCUGGACCGUAUUUCAGAUUUUGACUUAUUUCAGCGCAUACUAACUUCUCCUUGCAGUAGCACUACCUCCAGUCACGUCCUAAUUUUUCAGAUCAAGCAAAUGGCGCGAACCAAAACCAAUAGCAUUCUCUUACGUAAACUCACCCCAGGACAAAGAUGGCGCGUGCGGAUCGUUGGUUACUGCGAAGCGUGCCGAGGAGCUCAGGAUCGAGUACGACGGAGGCCUCAGCUUCGGUAAGAAACUGGCCGAGCAGCAGAAAUUGGACUCAGGUAGAGGGCAGCGGGGCCAUUUCCUUUGCUAAAAAGUGGCUAAAUUUUUCGGGAUUUUUUCGAAGCGUGUCGGCCGAGGCGUUGCGUUAGCCGGACCGGCUGAGCCCCGCCCUCGCAAGUGGUGCGCCGCUUACUUUGUCUGGCCCGCCUCGCCUGGUUUUGUUUCUUUCGGCGGGCCAUAGGGGCGAUGGGUUCGUUGUGUUGUCUGUUGCCGCCGGGUGUUUUGUAUUUGCUAGCGGGCUAUGUUUUGCAGUUUAGACGUUCGCCCCGGUUUCUCUUGGGGUGUGGAGCCUUACAAUUUUGGCACGUUUCCGUUUGGUGGUGCGCCGGGUAUUUUGCGUCGCGCAAAGCAUCCGGCAUCUCGGGCAUGUGUUUGCAGGUGCUGCGCGCAACCUCUGGUCGGGCGUGUUUGGGUUUGUUUGUGUUGUCACCUCGAAAAGCCGCGGGCUUCGCCGGAUUUUUCCCCUAACGCUUUUGGGCCGAAAAAUCCAACUUUUUUCUGAAUUUUUUUAAAAUUUUCGCAAAGGGUAGCGGGGUGGCCCUUGGGCCGGAGGCGAGCUGGGGCCCAUCCUGCAGGCUGCACCAGAAGGGUGGGGGGGUGUGGGUCGCUGCCUUCGGUGCUUCGCAAUGGGAUGAAACUCAACACGAAGUCGCCACGCCGCGCGCGCUCGAAAUGCCUCGGGAGCGCGCGGGAUGCGGCGCGCAGGCAUGAUGGGCGCGGCUGCUCGACAACGCGGGCGCUCGGAUGCGUUCGAACUGCAGUGAAGAACUUCCUUUGCAUGUGGCCAAGAAAAAUCUAAAAAAAAUUUCGAUUUGCCCAAAAAAAAUUUCGACUCGGCCGGAUAAAAUUUCGAUGGCGCUCAAAAAAGGCCAAAAAAAAUUUCGGAAAAUCGGCGACAUUAGCAAAACCCCAUUGGUUUUUGCAAAUUGGCCAAUUUCUAAAAUUUUUUCCAAAUUUUUUUGUGCGCCUCUUGAUUUUUCCCAAAUUUUUUUCAAAUUUUUUCUAAUAUUUUUCCUGGCCAAACCCAAAGAGAAGUCCUCUGUGGCGAAAAUGCGCCACGAGGAGACCUCUGCUCCCCGGCAGAAGAAGGCCCAACCCCACACGGAUUCGCCACUCUGGGUUCUCAUCACCAGGAGCGGAGGCCAAGAGAUGCGGACCACCCAAGCGGGCAAAUAUGCGACACCUACGCCAGGCCCUCCUCUGACAAACAGGGGCGAGAACAGACUCGGGAGCUGCCCCACAUAGGCCAGGCCGUCGGGGAAGCAAAGAAAUUCAAAAAAUUUUUUUUGGUUUUUUUUUGGAUUUUAUUUUUGCGCUAUGUGGAUUUUUCGAAAUUUUUUGCGUUAGGGUGGGAAUCCUGCGAGCGCGGCGGGCGGUUUCUGUGGUGGUGCUCUGUGUCGCGCCGUGUGGCGUGUUAUUUCUCUUCUUCAGGCGAAGACGGCCGCCGCCCCUUUUUUUUCCUUUGUGUUCGGCUUUGGAAUUUUAAAAACCAAGACGCCCGGGUCCUUUCAAAUUUGCGGAAAUCAGUGUCCUUUCCCCGGCUAAAUUUUUGGCUAAAUCGGCUGACUUUUUUUUCCUUCCCGAAAUCCCUGUGGUUCCGCAUUUUGCCGCCGGCUAUAUUCGGCAUCGCCGGGAUUUCCGAAGUGAAUCCCGGAAAAUUUAGCCAAGAUUUAGCCGACCGAUUUAGCCGACCGAUUUAGCCGCAUAGAUUUAGCCGACCGAUUUAGCCGGCCGAUUUAGCCGGCCGAUUUAGCCGGCCGAUUUAGCCGACCGAUUUAGCCGACCGAUUUAGCCGGGAUUUAGCCGCAUGAUUUAGCCGGUCGCGGAAGUGUAGCAGGGAAAUGCAGAAACCCGCUGCGGAUGGGAUGUGGGCCAACCCAUAGAUAUCCAGGACCCGCGCAGACUUUCGCCGGCCCCGGCUUCCGUUUGGGUUGUCUAUCUUGGGCCCGAGGGUUUCCGUCUUCCGGUAUUUCCUUUCCGGGUAUAUUUCUCAUUGGGCAUGGGGUUUCGCAUGGUUCCGCGCUCUGUCCAUCCGGGCCGCCACGCAACAAUCGCAGGAAGCUCCUUGGGGUUUUUGCUUUCUUCUCCCCGCGCUGCGCUGGCUUUCUCUUUUCCUCCGGCGGCAGCGCCGUCGGGGCCGCUUCUGCUUGCCCGGACUUUUAAAAAAUCCCGAAAAAAUUAGCCAAAAAAUAGCGGGCGAAGUCGCCCCAAACCCUCCACCUGAUUAGACGACUCCGCGCUGAAAGAGAUCGGGAACGUGGUCCGCACCUGCGCGAACCUGCAGAAGCCGUGCAUGCUUCGACUCCUCGAAGGUGAUCGGUACCUUUGUCGUGCGGCUCGCCGACAACAAGACGCUGAGCUCCACGGUCACGCUUGCGGAGGGGAUCGAGGUCUUCAAGUAUCAAGAUGCCCACGCUGAUCAAAUUUCUAAUGCAAGUUUUAACGCAUGUAAGCAAGUUCGUAUUUGAAAGCGAAGACUUUGCCUAUGAAUAGUCCGCAGCCAGAUCGCCAUCGAGUGCGAUGCCACUGAUGAAGCGCUGGGAUACCUCGAUGGGAAAAGUGGCGAAAUUCGGGGAGAAGUCAUGUCGCCCGAGGUCCGCCAGAUCAAGAGCCAGCUGCACUCGCUGGCCGCGAACUACCAGGCCGAUGCGAAGGCGCUGCAGUCCAACGCGGAGACCACUUUGAAGGCCAUGGAGAAAGCCACGAGGGCGGAGAUGAUUGCCCGCAAGAAAGCCAAGGCGUUUUUCAUGAUUUUAUUUCAGUAGUAUUUAAGUUCGAGCUUGUAUCUGCGUCCAUUGCGUGAGCGUGUGCGUGAGCUGCGACUUCCACUUCGACGACGGAUCGCGUGUGAUCCGUCUGCAGAAGUACCUAUCUCGCAAUACAGCUCUACGUGAUUCCCGGGACGCUUUGGUUGGAUUUAACUGAUCACGCCAAGAAUGUAUCGAAGUCCCAAUAUUUUUUCGCGUAUAGCAUUUUUUGGAAUUUGGCUGCGACAUCGGUUUUCUCGAAAUUCAUAGUGACCUAUGAUAGCCAGCUUUUCAUCCCGGGUUCGUUCAGCCUCCAGCUUUCCGGUUCUAUUCGCCAGGUGUAUAUCAACGCGGCCAAGGAGGAGUACGACGAGAAGCGCAAGAAGCACAAAGAAACCAGCGAGGCCGAGCGGAAGCAGUUGCAGGAGAUUUUCAGCCAGGAGACCGAAGCCUUAGGGGAAAAGUUAAAAUCGGCGGAAGAGGCCAAAUGGUUUCAAGUGAAGUGCGUGGCUAAGUCGCGGGCCAAGGCCAAGGAACCGGCGACCGAGCAGCAAUAUGCCCUGAUGGACGUGCUUUGGUUUCUGAUUUUCUGAUUUUUUUUUUAGUCGUGAGCGUGACGUGAGCGCGAAGAGGAAAAUGGGCAAGAGUUAGAAGACGAGCACUCACCUCCGAAAGACUUUGUUUUCAGAGCAAAACUGUCACCAACAAAAAUCAGCUUCCGGCGGACUGCCUUUCGUUGAACAUGGGUCACUACGCCGUCGGGUGCAAGAAAGGGCUGAAACAGGGACAGACGUGGACGCUCUCCGCCGAACAAUUAGCGAGAGUUUGUGUCGUGCCGAUUAAGAUCCCCACUAGCUUCCACAUGGAGAGGAUGAAGCUGACGUCGCGGUGCCAGAUGGAUCCUGCAAGAGAAGGCCAUCGCCUUGGACUUCAAAGCCGACAAGAAGGCGAGGGGAAUCAAGUUUGAGAUGGCCACGCUCUGCCUGGGUCGGUGACCUGAAGUUCGACACCUUGAUCCCGUAUUUUUAUUAUCAUCAUGCUCCGUGUCAUCUGAUGCUCAUCAUCGUCAUGCUCUCUAUCAUCUGUUGUUAGUGAAGUGCUUCAUAGUCAUAGCUUAUAACGUACUGUCUGUGAUCUCAUAGCCAUACUCGUCAUUAUCUCAAACUAUCAGGCAUGAGUGCGAGCCGAGCCGCGCUUUCGCGACCUCCCUGCCCGCCGAGUGCCGCUUGUCGGCCCCGCUGAAUAAGCCCCCGGGUGCCAAGGGUGCUGAGGUCAAGGAGCCGGCUAAGAAGACUACUGCUGCUGCUAAGGCGGCUGCCGCACUGAGCGCUGCCGCGACGAAGCUGCAGUCCUCGUACGUGGGCCAGUCCCUGAACUUCUACACCGAUGUCAAGAACAACGACGCCUGGGACAGCGAGGGUCUUUGCCAGGCCUACUUGGACCCCAAGAAGGUGGCUGAGCAUGUCAAGCAGAACGCGUCCUCUUCCGCGGAGGAGUCCACCCGCGAUCGCAGCAGCAGCUCGUCGUCGCACAGCAUGAGCAUGAACUUGCCGGGACCGAGCAGCGUGAAGCUCUUUCAGCAGCAGACGAAGUUGCGGAGCCAGUCGGCGUUGUUGCGUCCCCGCGGCAUGAGCGAGCUGUCGAUCGAGUCGGCGAAGCCGGAUGAUGACGAAACGCCCAACGCGAAGCGAAGCAGAGCCAACACCUUGGACGAGUUUACCUUUUUAGACGCGGACACGUAGUCUAGAGGUAAACUCGUACGAGAUGCGUUUGUGCUCAGAAACUUGCCACUUCGACUUUCGUUGUCGGUAAUCUUUUUUCUACCUCUCGCUGAAGAUAGAGCACUGGCUUUGUCUGUAGAUACGGAAGCUAUUACGCACAUACGUGCAGGACUACUUUUAGAAAUAUAAGCUUGAUACUCAUCAGCAUGAGUUCGUCAACUCCACUGGAGCUGCCGCAAUUCGGUCUGAUUAGAGCCCGCGUCCUUCCUGCGUAAUCGGACGGGGCUAAUUUGUUUACUUUACUUCAAAAAAAUUAUGAGUUUCUUUUUCGAUUAGAAAAAUCGCUGAGAUUUCAGCGAAGCGAAAGUGCUUUGGCUACACCGGCCUUCUUUAGAGUCGGCAGCUUAGACGUCUCGCCAUCUACGUCUGCUGACUCGCAAAUAUUCGCAACAUUUCUUUACUGUCUUUCGAGUGUCAAUAUCUAUUUCUCAUCGAAAGACAAGCACUUCUACACUAUGGAAGUGCAAUCUUCGAGCUUUUGUUUUUUUGUUAGAAAAGUAACAACCUGAGCGCUUCUCUAUCGUCACGUCUUUCGACGUGGCGUUUGUGUCAACACCUUCGCCGUCCUCUCGUGAAGAAGCUACAUGUAGUUUCUUCGCAGAGAAGCAAUGCUGUCAAAUGAUGGGAGAUUGUCUUCCAUAUCUGAAAGCGUUUCGCUCUACCCACCACGUGAUGGAUAUGGUCUCCCAAGUCGCCGUGAGUUCUGCUGCGGACUUGGAGGCAAAAACGAUAUGGCGACGCGAUAGCUGUUUCUUUCGCCAAGAACAAACGAUGAAGAGCUUUGAAGAUGGUCCCACGGUCGCGCGUGCCGAUAUUGCGCGACGUGAGUUCGAGAAAGCGAGUCGGUUUCGGAUGUCUAAAUUGAAAACUUGAAGAAUUGUGUUGGAGAGGUCGAAUAGUUGUGGUUUUGUAAUAAACCACAACUAUUCGAAAUUUUAGCUCGGUGGAGAGGAGCUCGCAUUUUCCGGAAGUGAAGUUGUUUUGCUCGGUUGAAGUUGAGUUUCCGGAAAUGAUGGCGUUUUGGUUUUCGGUGAGACGAAGUGCUGGCGUCGGUGAAAAGAAUGUUGGUUCCGUGCAUCGGUAACGUCGGUGGUUCAGAUAGAACCUGUGCUCCCACGAAGUCGGUUUUUGCAUGACAAAAAAUUGUUUUCUCCAUGAACAAAAGAAGUUUUCAUGACAAUCGAAGUCGGUUUUUCCAUUUUAAAAAAUGAAAAAUACGGCUCAGAAAAUGCAAUAGUUAAUACUGAACUUUCGCACUUUGUCCAUUCAUAGUACUACCAGCAAAAUAUUAAGAAAGAAGAGUAA